AUGCAAGUGGCUGUGGGCUUAUGCAUCUGCAACCCGGGGCACUUUGGCAUCGACUGCUCGCUCUCCAAAGCAGGGCCCAGGGACCGCACGCGUGUCGUGCCUGCACCCCCCUUCUCCUGGCCGGAAGGCCUAUCUCUCCCCACGCCCGCCCCUGCCUCCUCACCUCUCAUCUACAUCUACGACCUUCCCCCACACGUCACCUCCUGGUCCCUGCUGCUCGGCAUACCCCCCUCCUCACCCUUACUCUCCACCUUUUCCGCACCCUCUCAUUCUCCUGGCCCGAAGGCUGGUGAGGGGGGAGACGAUGGGGGACGAGUGGGCGGAAGGGGAGGGGGAGAGGGCGGAGGGGAGUGGGAGGGGGGAGCGGAGGGGGUAGCGGCAGUGCUGUUCUUGGAGCGUCUAUUGAGGAGUCCCUUCCGCACUGCAGACCCCUAUGCUGCUCACUUCUUCCUCAUCCCAGUGCUCCCCUGGGCGGGAGCAGCGUCCAUCCUACGAGCAGUGCACUACGUGAGACGCGUCUGGCCCUUCUGGUCUAAUUCCAACGGAGCCAAUCACCUUAUCCUCACCACCAUCACCGCCGCCGCCCCUACUCACAGCCCCGUCUGCACGCUCACUCUAGACAAAUCCCGCCACCCGCUGCUCGCCCGCUGCUCGUUCCUGGCGAUUCCAGUCGCAGAUACUACCUUCCCCAGCUAUCCCUUUUUUCAAGACUCACCUGAGACUGACAAAACUGCUGCCGCUCCUGCCAACGCCACCAGCAGCAGCAGCGGUAGCAGCAGGGGAAACCAGUCAUCAUCACUCCCCUGUUUCCUGCCCACUCAAGACCUUCUGCUGCCUCCUGCUCUUCCUCCCAUUGCCCUAACUCGCUCCCUCUUCGCUCUCCGUCCCCCAACCAAGCAACCCACUCGUGGUACCCUCCUGCUGUUCAGUGACUGGGGUGUGGGGGAAUGGACGGGUGAGAGUGUGGGGAGCGGUGGUGUGGGAGCGGGGAGCAGUGAGUCGGGGGAUGGUGGAGUGAAGGAGGUGAGGGAUCGCAUGAUGGGGGGGUUGAAAGAAGAAGAUCACAAGGGGAAAGUGAUUGUGCUGUCACAGGAGAAUGGCAGCAGCAGAAGCAGAAGCAGCGAUAACAGUGGUAAUGGUGUUGGCGACGGUGGCGGGAGCGGCAGUUUUGGGCUGGAAGCAGUGGUUGAUGCAGCACUGGAGAGCGUGUUCUGCGUGGUGUUGCCUGCCUGGACACACACACUGGAACCCUCUCUUUUUGUCCUGCACGGCUGCAUUCCCGUCUUUAUACAGCACGACGAGGAAGGAGAUUUAUUACCUCCACAGUCACUCCAAAACAGCACCGUUUUGGAUUGGUCCGAGUUCUCGGUGAUGCACCCUGCUUCACAAGCACACGUCCUCGUUACAAGCCUCCUCGAAAUCCCGCAAGAGGAUAUUGAUAGGCGGCGCAAAGAAAUGGGUAGAAUUUGGAGCAAGCUCGUGUGGACAAGCCCGUCGUUCAACCUGCUUGCUCUUCUUCCUGCGGAUGACCAACGUCGACUCACGCCAUUGCUUGCAGCAGACGAUGUCUUUCAGACCAUUGUUGCCAAACUGCAGAAAAGGUUGGAGAAAUAA